AAAUAGCAAACAACAACAAUCAAUCAAUCAGCUGUCUGUUUUCAAAACUUGAAAAGUUUUCAGAUACCGAUUCGUUGUUAACAAUCGCCUCUUAUGAAUCUUGUCAGGAGUAUCUGGCGUUCAACGCCAGCCGUACGUAAUGCUUUCGUCAAUAAUUACGCUAGUUUGCGGCCUCUUUCAACCACCGUUACACCAGUCACUCCAGUUCCAAAUUUAGAAGAUGUCCCAUCGACAGUGGAACUCGAUAAACUGUUUAAGAGAGUGGAGUUGGAGAUGAGAGGCAUAGAUCCCGCAGUUCUGUUGAGUUACUCCUGGUUUUGUGUGGCAGCUGCUUCCCAUUUGGGCAUUGAAGUCACUAAAAAUUGGGCCUUAAGAAAAUCAGAAAAAGAAAGGCACACUUUACUCAGAGCUGUGCAUAUUUACAAAAAACAUAGAGUACAAUAUGAAAUCCGUACAUACUUCAGAUUCUUACACUUGCAACGACUUACUGGAUCAACUUGCGACACAUACUUGGAAUACAUUGAAAGAAAUCUCCCAGAAGGAUGUGCUCUGAAGGUCACAAAAGUGGAAUGUCAGAAAAUGCCAGAACACAUAAAACCACCAAGUCAAGAAUAAUUAAAAAAGUUCUUUGUAGAUUUGUUAAUAAAACUUAUUGUUAGACUA